GAAGAAGAGCGUUAAGCUACAUUAGACGUUUUUGUCUCUCUCUCUCUAAAGUCUCUCGCUCUACUCCCACAACCACUGACAAAAACAAGACAGGUAAAGAGGAGAGAGAAAAAGAAAAACUCUCUCUCACUUGGGCAGUGAGCACAGGAAAAAAAAAAAAAAAAUCAGCUUCAUCAGAAACUUAACACUACCAAACCAAACACCCACAAAAACCACUUUUUUCCCUAUGCUGAGACAACAGUAAUACCCACUACCACUUCACUACUAAGUCCAAAAAGUAGGGUUUUUCAAGACCAAAGACCAAAGGGCCAAUCUUCAGAGAGGAAGCUGAAACAGAGAUUUAUCCUCAACUGGGUCUUGUGGGUCAGGGCGUAUUUUAAAGAGGACCUCAUCAAUCUUCGUACAAUAUAUAUUUUUUCACUGUGGGAGAUUUAGAAGAAAUGCAGACACCAAAAUCAAAAGCUGGUUCUUUGGAAGUGCCUCAAAGGAAAUCUCUAGCAACACCGCGAACUGCGCGCCAACUCAAGACGUCAGGAUCAGAUGCCGAUUCGGUCUCAUCUCCUAACAAGGCAACAAGGACUCCGAAAUCUAGUCCCAAAGUCCUCGACCGUAAAUCGCCCCGGAGUCCUGUAUCUGAGAAGCAGAGGUCGAACAGAAUUUCCGAAUUAGAGUCGCUGCUCGCUCAACUCCAGGAGGAUCUGAAGAAGGCGAAGGACCAACUGAACUCGGCGGAGUCAUGGAAGAGACAAGCCCAGCAGGAGGCUGAAGAAGCCAAGAGCCAGAUGCUGGCAAUGUCCGCGAAACUUGAGGAGUCGCAGCAGCAUCUGAUGGAGCUAUCUACGUCCGAGGAUGACCGCAUUCAGGAGCUCCGUAAGCUCUCCCAGGAGCGAGACAAGGCGUGGCAGUCCGAGCUCGAGGCUGUCCAGAAGCAGCAUUCCAUGGAUUCCUCUGCUUUUGCUUCCGCCAUGAAUGAAAUUCAGAAGCUCAAGGCGCAGCUGGAGAGGGUGGCUGAUUCCGAGGCCAACCAGAGCAGGCAUGUGGAGUCUGCGCAUGCUGAGGUCGAGAAUUUAAGGCUGGAGCUGUCCGAAACUCUCGAUCUUGUGCAGAAGCUGAGGGUCGAACUCGGGGAUUGCAAGGAAUCUGAAGCUCGGGCCAUGGAAGUAGUCAGCAAGACUCAGGCACAGUUGGAAGCCGCGAAUUCGACCAUAGAAAUGCUGCGCAAAGACGGGAUGAAAUCAAUGGAGUCUUUUAACUCCUUGUCUGCAGAGCUCGAGCAGUCGAAAACUCGAGUUAAGUCUUUGGAGGGUCUUGUGAGCAAACUCCAGGCGGAACUGAUCAAUGGCAGCAGCCAAAACCGCAGAGAAAGUGAAGAACUGAAUGAGCUAAAAUCUGAGCUUAGCUCCGCGAAAUCAGAAGUUGCUCAGUUGAGAUCGGCGCUAGACGCAGCGGAGAUGCGUUAUCAGGAAGAGUUUAUCCGAAGCACAUUGCAGAUUAGAAAUGCUUAUGAACAGUUUGAGCGUACAAAGUCUGAGUCGGUGCAGAAAGAGGCUGAAUUGGUAGCGGAAUUGAAGCAAGCUAAGGGGAGUAUCGAAGAGUUGAAAGCUAGAUUAAUGGAUAAAGAAACCGAAUUGCAGAGUAUUUCAGAGGAAAACGAAGGAUUGAGGUUGAAAAUCGGGAAGAAUCUGUUGGGGCAAUGCGAGGAAUCUGAACUCGCGGCGGGGUUGAAGAAGUCGGAGGCUGUUUUGGCCGAGCUGAAGGCCAGUUUGUUGGACAAGGAGACACAGUUGCAGAGUAUAAGUGAAGAAAAUGAGAUGCUAAAGAUGGAGAUCAAGAGGAAGGAGAAUGAGGCAAGUAGAGUUGAUGAGGAAGCCGUUGAGGCAGCUAGGGCCGCUGAGAGAGAGGCUUUAAUGAAGCUUGGAUACGCAACGGAGGAGGCCAACAAGAACGGAAGGAGGGCUGCGCGGGUGACUGAGCAGCUAGAUGCGGCGCAGGCUGCAAAUUCGGAGAUGGAAGCAGAGUUGAGAAGGUUAAAGGUCCAGUCGGAUCAGUGGAGGAAGAGUAUUUCAGAGGAAAACGAAGGAUUGAGGUUGAAAAUCGGGAAGAAUCUGUCGGGGCAAUGCGAGGAAUCUGAACUCGCGGCGGGGUUGAAGAAGUCGGAGGCUGUUUUGGCCGAGCUGAAGGCCAGUUUGUUGGACAAGGAGACACAGUUGCAGAGUAUAAGUGAAGAAAAUGAGAUGCUAAAGAUGGAGAUCAAGAGGAAGGAGAAUGAGAGGACAGGGUCCCUUGACAGCGCCUACAACCCGAUGGACUCGCCGUACUCAGAAGACAUGGAUGAUGACUCGCCAAAGAAGAAAAAUGGAAACAUGUUGAAGAAGAUUGGUGUUUUAUGGAAGAAGGGCCAGAAGUAGUAGUGGAAACUAAGCAGGCGUUUUGGAGGAUGCAAAAUAAAAAAAAAAAAAAAACUAAGCUCAUUUUGCAGAUUGUAUAGAGGAGGUGUUAUGUAUUUUGCUUUGGACUUGGGAGAGAAAUGGCAAAGGAUAGUGUAUUUGGUUAUCUUUUUUAGAAUUGCUCCCCAUCAAGGGAAUUAUGUGGAAACAGAAAGAAGCAGUUUUUAGUUCUUGUAUUUGAGAUUGUGAUUUCAACAAGACUCAUAAUAUGUGUACCACUUUUGCCAAUUUCCAUGGUGUAUAAUAAUUAGAUAUGAUGUCCUUUUCUGU